CGGUGUCAAAAGUGUCAUUUGAGUGUAGUACACCGCGAAAACGAAAACGACAUUAGUGGUUGCGUACUGAACGAUCAAUGUCCAUCUACUUUCGAAAACCAAAUAAUCGUGCAUGAAAACUCCUGCUCAUUUCACGAGAAAGUGUUUUUGGAAAGUUCAGCUUCAUCUUCUCGAGCUUAAUAUCGUAUUUCAUAUACUGCAUGACCAUGACGCAAAUUACCCAGGAGGAAAUCGUUUCAAACACGAAAACGGUAUUGCAAGGCCUCGAAGCUCUACGUGUAGAACACCUCACUCUUAUAUCAAAUCUCACUGAUGGCAACAAAAAAGAUCCCGACAAGUCCGAAAUGGUUUUGCGGAAUAUGGAAAAUAUCGAGCUCGGACUUGGAGAAGCACAGGUAAUAGUAGUAUUGGCAUCUCAUUUGCAAAACAUUGAAGCAGAAAAACAAAAACUGCGCACUCAAGUUAGACGACUGUGUCAGGAGAAUGCUUGGUUGCGCGACGAACUUGCGAAUACUCAACAAAAACUGCAAGCUUCGGAACAAACCGUGGCACAAUUGGAAGAAGAGAAAAAGCAUCUCGAGUUUAUGGCCUCUGUGAAGAAAUACGAUGAAAACCAAGAUGGCGAAGAAAGUUUCGAAAAACCUCGCACGGAUCCAGUGGUGGAACUGUUUCCAGAAGACGAUACGGAGGAACGGCACAAUAUGUCCCCAACGCCUCCUAAUCAAUUUGCUACACACGCAAAUGCUGGAUAUGAAAUUCCUGCACGUUUACGAACCCUGCAUAAUUUAGUUAUACAGUAUGCUUCGCAAGGACGAUACGAAGUAGCGGUGCCGCUCUGUAAACAGGCAUUAGAAGACCUAGAAAAAACCAGUGGACAUGAUCAUCCGGAUGUGGCGACCAUGUUGAAUAUAUUGGCAUUAGUAUACAGAGACCAGAAUAAAUAUAAAGAAGCAGCAAACCUGUUGAAUGAUGCAUUGGCGAUACGAGAGAAAACAUUGGGUGAGAAUCAUCCAGCCGUGGCAGCCACUCUUAAUAACCUUGCAGUGUUAUAUGGCAAACGUGGUAAAUACAAAGAUGCCGAACCAUUGUGCAAGAGGGCUCUGGAAAUUCGAGAGAAUGUAUUAGGAAAAAAUCAUCCGGAUGUUGCGAAACAGCUAAACAAUUUAGCAUUGCUUUGUCAAAAUCAAACAAAGUAUGAAGAGGUGGAAUUGUAUUACCAGCGAGCCUUGGAAAUAUAUGAGAUGAAACUUGGUCCAGAUGAUCCCAAUGUCGCCAAAACCAAAAAUAAUUUGGCAAGCUGCUAUUUGAAGCAGGGAAAAUACAAGGAAGCUGAAAUCUUGUACAAGCAGGUUUUAACGCGGGCACACGAAAGAGAAUUUGGUGCUAUUAAUGGUGAAAACAAACCAAUCUGGCAAGUGGCUGAAGAAAGGGAAGAAAAUAAGCUAAAAAACCGAGAGAACACACCUUACGGUGAAUACGGUGGUUGGCAUAAAGCUGCCAAGGUUGAUUCUCCUACCGUUACCACAACACUAAAAAAUUUGGGAGCUUUGUAUAGAAGACAAGGAAAAUAUGAAGCUGCUGAUACAUUGGAGGAUUGCGCCUUGCGGAGCAAGAAGGAGGCACUGGAUUUGGUGAAACAAACGAAAGUGGCUAAAAUACUGGGAGUGGCUGACGAGAAUCGACGUUCCAAAAUGCGGGACCCUGAUAAUUGUGAUGAGGAAGCUCGGCGAAGUCUGAAGUAAAAUAUUUAUUAUUUUUGUUUUGCACGUAAGAACUAUUUGACAAUUAGAAAGCUAUACUAAAUAUCCAACUAUUUGAUAAGCAACUGCAAUUUCCUUAACACCGGCAUAAAUAAACACUUCACAAAAUGGUUCCAGCAGUAUAAAUUUCAUUAGUUUUAUAUUUACCAUUGCUACAAUAAUAAAAAUGUAUUGCUAAGCAUGCAGUUGAAAUAUAUGCGACUCUCAGAAGCAUACUGGCUUAAUCAAA